UUUACCAUCGCUGCUUUCAGAUUGUAAAUUGUAACGCGGAGUAGUACACGAAUUAUAUCGCAAUGCGUAAAAGUAAAUACCCUUUGCUCGGGGCAUUACGUUCGUUGUUCAAAGUGCGAAAAAGUGUGCGGAAGCAGCAAGUACGUAUCGUUCUCGCGACGGUUGCUCCAGGCGAGUGAAGUUGGUCGCGCGAUUCGCGAAAUUCUCUCGAGCGUCUACUUGCGAGACAUUUAUGGGUCGACACGGGCGUCGAGCGGAUCGCAUACCUUCGUUCGUAGCUUCUUCGCCGUAAUUCUUUUAUCGCGGUAUAACCAAGUACGCGUCGCGCGUCGCGAGAAUAAUACCGGGAGUGCAGUGCGAAGUGUCGCGCGAUCAUUAGCGACGAUAUUUUCGGGCGUGAACGAGAUCUUUUCGUGAGUGUUCCGACGGAGAUGCGACAACGGCGGAGGUCUGUGAAGGGAAGGAGGAGGCCUGGGAAGAGGCAUCGGGCGACGGCGGGGCGACCGUGAGAAUUCUUGCGUGGCAGGAUGGUGUUGCGACGUAGAUAUUCUGCGUAACGCCCACCGACAACUUUCGAAGGGCGCGCAAAGCCAGAACCCGCGGCGGUGCGAAAUCCGAGUGUCGGUGCGAGAAACGAUGAACGAAUCGGGACGAGCCGGGAACGAAGCGGUGCGAUAAUAAUAAUAUGUGGACGACGCGGCCACGGACCAGGCGAAAGUGGCGACAACCGUCGACCCCGUCGUGCAGAGAACGUGACAAUCGGUGGUAUCGCCGUCGGGACGGCUUCCGCAUCAUCUACUCGGUGAUCCUGGCGGCCUGCAUGGCGACGCAGGAAGCGAGGGGCGCCAAGUGUCCGCCACCGGACACAAUACCCGGCUGCCCGUGUUACAACUUCGAGAACGGCGGUCUGUUCCUGGAGUGCGCAGGUGCCACCGAGGAGUCCCUCAGGAACGCUUUGUCCGGCGUGAUACAUGCCGCUGGCGAGGAAGGAGCGCUCGUUCAAUCAUUGAGCGUGUACGAAUUGGAUCGGAAAGUAGAGGAACUUCGGUCCGCCGCUUUCCCGGCGGGCUCGCAAAUUAGGCAUCUACAAAUAUCGCAUUCCGCGAUACGCGAAAUAAGCGAGGAUGCUUUUACGCGGCUCAGUAAAAGCCUGGAAUCCUUGGCACUCGUAUCCGGUCGACUACCUCACGUACCUCAAAAGGCUAUGGCCUCGCUGAGCCUACUCAAAGCGCUGGACCUGGAGGCCAACCUCGUUUACGAGCUGCCUAGCUUCAGUUUCUUCGGGCUCGCGUUAAUUAAACUGAACCUAAAGGGUAAUCAAAUCAUGAAAAUUUCGGAGUACGCCUUUGCCGGGCUCGAGGGCACUUUAAAGGACCUGGAUCUGGCGGAAAACAAGAUCAGAGUAUUCCCUAUGACGUCCUUAAGAAGAUUAGAACAUCUCACGUCCUUGAGGCUCGCUUGGAACGAGAUAUCGCAGCUCCCGGAGGACGGCUAUUCCAGACUGGACGCUUUAAACUUCCUCGAUCUCAGUAGCAACAAUUUCAAGGACAUUCCGCUCAAUUGCUUUCGCUGCUGUCCGUCCCUAAAGACCCUCUCGCUUUAUUACAACGCGGUCGAGUCGGUCGACAAGGAUGCCUUUAUAUCGUUGAUCGAUCUCGAAUCGAUAGACCUCAGCCACAACAAGAUCGUGUUUCUUGACGUGGCCACCUUCCGUGCCAAUCAAAAGCUCAGGUCGAUCGAUCUCAGCCACAAUCACAUACACUAUAUUCGGGGCGUGUUCUCGCGGCUGCCCGAGUUGAAGGAGCUCUUCCUGGCGGAGAAUAACAUUCUCGAAAUACCGGCGGAAACGUUCGCCGGUAGCACGAGUCUCUCGGUUGUGUAUCUCCAGCAAAACGCCAUCCGGAGGAUUGACGCGCGCGGCCUGGCGACGCUCGGUCAAUUAGCGCAGUUACAUCUGAGCGGAAAUUACAUCGAGAAGGUGCCGCGCGACUUUCUCGAGCACUGCGAAAAUCUCUCGACCUUGUCAUUGGACGGUAAUAACAUCCGCGAGCUCGAAGUGGGCACGUUCGCCAAGGCGAAGCAGCUGCGCGAGCUCCGGCUGCAGGAUAAUCAGAUCACUGAAGUGAAACGUGGCGUAUUCGCACCGCUACCGUCGCUCCUCGAGCUACAUCUGCAAAACAACGCUAUCACGGACAUGGAGACUGGCGCGCUAAGAUCUCUGCACAGCCUGCAACAUGUGAAUCUGCAAGGUAACCUUCUGGCCGUGCUCGGUGAUGUGUUCCAAGUGUCGAACGACGUCGGCCAGAGCGAAAACAGCGGUAGCUCUUUGGUCUCCAUUCAACUAGAUAACAAUGGACUCGGCGUCCUACAUAAUGAUUCAUUAAGAGGCCAGGCUUCGGUCAGGAUCAUGUGGCUUGGACAUAAUAGGCUGACUCGUCUUCAAGCUCCAUUGUUCCGUGACCUGUUGCUUGUGGAACGUCUGUAUCUCACGAAUAAUUCUAUCUCGCGGAUAGAGGACACCGCCUUUAAACCGAUGCAGGCGCUCAAGUUCCUGGAGCUUAGUAUGAACCGACUGAGCCACGUGACCGUUAAGACCUUCUCGGAGCUCCACGAGCUAGAAGAACUUUAUUUGCAGGACAACGGUUUACGCCGUUUAGAUCCUUACGCCUUGACGGCCCUCAAAAGACUGCGAGUCCUCGAUCUGGCCAACAAUCAUUUGAAUGUGCUGCACGAUAAGAUCUUUCAGGAAGGGCUGCCGAUCAGAACGCUCAACCUGAAAAACUGCACCGUCAGCGUGAUCGAGAACGGUGCCUUUCGCGGACUAAACAAUCUCUACGAGUUAAAUCUCGAGCACAAUCAUUUCACUGCCACGGCGUUGGACCGCCUAGACAUACCGGGAUUAAGAGUCUUAAGAAUAUCGUACAACAACUUUAGUCAGAUUAACGCGAACUCCUUGGACGGCCUGCCAUCUCUUCAACAUCUGGCGAUGGAUUCGUCACAAAUCUAUAGAAUGCCGGCCGAGAUAUUCUCGAAGAAUAAGAAUCUGGGGAAGCUAUUGCUCAGCUACAAUUUACUCAAGGUACUGCCGGCGACGCUGUUCCUGGGCCUGGAGGCGCUCAAGGAGGUCAAGCUCGACGGCAACAGGUUCCAGGAGAUCCCGUACGAUGUGUUCGCAAACGCCACCACAGUGGAAUUCCUCUCGUUGGCCAACAACGUUCUUCACCGCGUGGACAUGUCGCGACUGAAUGGAUUGAUCAGUUUACGGGAGCUUGAUCUACGCGGCAACUACAUCAUGUCUCUCACCGGCUUCGCCUCCGUCAAUUUCUCCCGCCUAAUAUCCGUGGAUCUGAGUCAUAAUCACUUAACCGCUCUUCCGGCGAAUUUCUUCGCUCGCUCGAAUAUGCUGCGGAAGAUCGAGCUCGCGGCUAAUAAGUUCCGGCAAAUACCCGCCGUUGCACUCACGGCACAAAAUAUACCCGGUCUGGCCUGGCUAAACGUCACGGCUAAUCCCCUCGUGAGAAUACACGAGAUCAGCUCGGAGGCGAAGUAUCCGGCUCUUCAGGAAAUUCACAUCUCCGGGACGAACUUAACGAUAGUUACCAGCCAAGACUUCGAGGCGUUUCCCGCGCUGAUGCAUCUCUUCAUGAGCAGCAAUAUGAUAUCGAGAGUGUCGCCCAGCGCGUUUCGUAGCCUUUCGAAUUUACUCACGUUGGAUCUCAGUGUUAAUGAAUUGGAGUUACUGCCACAGGAAAGACUGAAGGGAUUGGAACACCUCAGACUGCUGAAUCUCACGCACAACCGUUUGAAAGAGCUCGAGGACUUUCCGCCUGACCUUAAAGCUUUGCAGGUACUCGAUCUCUCGUACAAUCAGAUAAGCGGAGUGGGAAAGGGCACGUUCCAGCAUUUGGAGAAUUUAGCCGAGCUGCACCUCUACGGCAACUGGAUAUCGUCGAUCUCGCCGGACGCGUUCAAGCCGCUGAAGAAGCUCAGGAUUUUAGAUCUAAGUAGGAACUACUUAGCGAACUUACCGCUGAAUGCCUUUCGACCACUCGAAACGCAAAUACGGAGUUUACGGGCCGAGGAAAAUCCACUGCACUGCGACUGCGAGUCCCAGGAGCUCUGGGAAUGGCUGCGCGACCAUCAGAAGUUGGUCGGCGGCGGAAUGAGCCGGAAUCGCGGGGGCGGGCUCAGGAUGAACGACGUGGACGGCGGCCUGUUGAGAUGCGACCAGCCGCCGGAGCUGCGCGGACUGGUCUUCCUGGAUCUGGACCCGCACGCCUUCUGCACCGCACCGCUGGUCCUGAAACUGGCGAUCCAGGACAUCCAGCCGUUCUCCGUCCUGGUGUCGUGGCAGAGCAGGAAUCAUUCCGGCCUGCGCGGCUACCAGGUGGCCUAUCACGCCCUGGACAAUGUCGACGAGGUACGUGCCAAAAUACUCGAGCCGAACGCGCGCUCGGUGAAACUCUCGAAAUUGUCGCCGAACACUCGCUACCUGAUCUGUGUAUUCGGUCUCGGUAAUUGGAUGACGUCACGGAUGGAGGACGGCCCGAUGGAGCAGCUCAAUUUCACGCAGGUCGAGAUACUCGCGUCUACGCCGAGCUCGCAGAUGACGGACUCCGCGACCAGCCGUUGCACCGAUGUGAAGACGCUCGACGCGCCGGACGCGAUAAUCAGCAGCGAUGGCUCGGCGAUGGGCGACGUUGGCAGUGUCAGCAGCUUCCUGACGAGGCGGCUGGGCUUGAUAGUCGGCUGCUGCAUGGGCUUCAUCGUCUUCCUCCUCCUGGUGUCCGUCUUGGGUUACCUCAAAGUGAAGAAGCAGCGGGAGGCGGUCAAGAGGGAGCAGCAGCCGUUACCGCCGGAGUACAUAUCGUAUAGGCACUUCAGCAUACAGAGCGGUGAAGCCGGCCACACCGCUACCAGGCAGACCAGCCAGGACGGUCAGAACUCGAAUUUCAUCAACAACACCACGCUGAAUGUAUGAGAAAAGCCGCGGAACUCCCGACUCGUGGAGGUUUCGAACGUGUGAGCAAGGCUCGAGCGAAUUUCGAGUGUGUUGUUAACCGGUUCGAAGGUCUCCCCGACUCGCGGGAGUUUCGAGUUUACGCGCCACAGAGCCACAAACGGACAAUGCCGACUGUCGUAUUUUCGGCAACGACCGCCGAACUGUUUUACGAACUGAGAAAUUAUCGCAAUUAGCAGUGCUGUGCGCUCAAGUAAUACGCACUAAGAGUGCGUAUCAUUGACUCGAUGAAUGCUCGACGAAGAUACGUCGUUCUCGAGAAGCAUCACUACCAAAAACAACUGGCCAUGCCAGACCUCUGCGUUAAUGGCAACGAAGAGUUUAAGCGAGUGAGUAUGCGUGUAAAAGAAUGUGAAAGAAUGCGCGGGCGAAUGGGAAUCUUUAUUAAAGUAACGGAGCAUUUUAUAAGGGAUUUUCUACGAGUCUGAAUUCGGUUCCAAGUAGGUUUAAUCACUUCACGUGGCAUCGUAUCGAACGAACGCGAUCGAACGGAUGAAAUGUCUCGUAAGAAUUGUACAGAACAGGAAAUUGAUUUCGGUAAUGUACGAGCAAUGUGAGCCACACGGUGCAGUUUCUCGUAUACUCUAAAAAAAUCUUAUAAGUUUUGAACAAGACGAGAGAUAUCGUACUCUCCAACUCUGCAAUCAAGAAAAUUAAAAAAAGAAUCGAUCAGAUCACUGUCGGAUUUUGCUUUGGGUCAUUAUUGGAUCUUCGAAUUUAGUAAUGCGGAGUAUAAAAAUCAAUACGCGCCGUCUGAAAGACUAAAGCCGUGCGAUAUACAUAGAACAUAAAGUUGGGCAAAUACAAGAAGCUUACUCUGAACAUAAUGAGUGUAAUUUUAUCCACGAGAAAUCGGUUGAAUUCGCGGAUGCCGAACGGUCCUUUGGAGGAGGAGGAAGCUCCCUCGCAUCUUUGUGUAAAAUAUAACGCUCAGUCUUCUUCAAGAAAUAUGAAAUUUUGAGGAGUGUAUGAAGAUCUCGAAGGGUCGCGCGUGUUCCCCGGACGACUGUAAACGACAACGGGGGGAAAUAGACGAUAGAUAGACGUUGCUUCCGUGUAACACACGACGCGCACUUUGCCGAACGAUUUACGACUAAACACCGCGUUAUUACGUGUCAUCCCGGGGGCCGCCACUCGCGGAUGAGAUCGGACGGGUGUGAAGUGGCUAUUGUGUUUUCUUAAUGGCUCGGCAAACCGCGUGGUUUAGAACGUCAUCCACGCGCCGAUCUCGCGAAAUGGCGCGCCAUUUUGCGGUGAACGCCCGCGGUACGACGGUACCAUCAAUUUCCGAUUGGGCCGCGCGCGGAUCAUCAGGGUGGCGGGACGGGAAAAAUUGCUCAUCCCUGCGAGCGAUCGAUUGCACGACGGAUUCCGGAUCCUCCGGCGAUGAAAGAGUAAGAGAUGCAAAAAAACUGGAGGGGGUAUAUAAAAUUUAAAAGAAAAUAUAUCCCACACUCGGUUAGCGUUCCAGCGGGAUUCUGUAAAAUAAGAUGCAAGAGCACCCGAUGCUAAGUGAACUUUCUUCACAGCGAACACAAGAUAUGAAUAAUUUCUUUUAUUGCUUAUAUUUAUAGAGGAUGAAUUUUUUCAACGCGAAAACAAUAUUGAUUUGUCAAUAAAUAGAUAAAAUAUUCUGCUAAAGUCUGCAGAAGGUAAUAAACGUGCGAUAGGUCAGAUAUAAAAUUAUACACGAAUCUGUUUUAGGUUUUCGUCUUUUCCUUCUGGGUCAAAUUAUUUGCAUCUGAACGCUAGCCGUUGCUGGAGAAUCGGCGAUUAAAGGUGACGUUCUAUGGAUCGUGUUUAGAAUUUAUAAAUAUACGUGAAACGAUUGUAUAUAGAUACAUACGUAUCGGGAAAACUAUGUAUUCAAUGGUUAAGAAUGUCGAUAUCACCGAGAUUAUUAUCAUAAAAAUUCUGAUGAUCUCUUAAAUAGCGAAACAACAAUAGUAGUCGAAUUAGCGUCGGCGCGUCGAUCCACCCCCGAUUUUUCAGGAGGCCAACGAGGCCAGAUCCAUCAGAACUUUUAUCGCGAUAGACCGAUGUAAUGCAUUUUGCAUUAGGAAUGAAUGACGCGCCCAGAUGUGGUACGGUUUUUCAGGAAUCGAUUUAGAUUAACAGAUUGACUCGCUCGAUAUCGCCGUUAACCGAUUAGUAUAAUCGUCGUGUCGAGUAUUAAAGUCGCAAAUGCAACGAAACAUCGCGUUUAGCGCGGGACAAUUUUUAGUGUCGACACGAAUCCCGUAUCGGCGUUUUGACGAAAUGAUUAUCGAGGUGACAUGCGAUAUCCAGCGAGCUCGUUAUGAAAAGUCGUUAUACGAAAUGCAGCGCUGCGAGAGAAAAAAACGUAGCUGCACGACGGAUGCGUUCAACGGUAAUUCGUUAUCACGUUACCGGAUCGUUUCGGUAUCGGCCGGCGGGAAAGGCCUCCACAUUUCCCGGCCGUGAAGAGAGGAGAAGAGUCCAGGGAGAAGGAGAGCGAAAUCUCGCGCGCGGAUUGGCGAAAUCAGCGCGAGGUCUACGAUGUAUGCGCGUUCUCGUUACACACUGUGUACUGUAAUAUAUACAUACGUCACUGUAAU